CGUGCUAGGCACGGUGCUAAGCACUUAUUCAUCUCAGAAAGAUGAUGUGUCUGGUUCUGGAUAUGUUCAGUUUGAGAUGACGUCACGAUACAUGUAUGGGCGUAUCACAUAGAACAGGAACUGUGCAUCUGGAGCAGGGGUGUAUAAGUGUAAGGAUGGAGACUUUGGAGCCUUCCGCGGAGAGGUGAGAGCAAUGCAGAAGGAGAGGGAGGACAAGACAUUCAAGUUAGACAGUACAGCGGAAGAAGAUAAAGAGGGUAGGCAUUAUGGGGGACCAACGAGCAGUGGGCAGAGUAAGAAAACCAGUGAAGGGAAAAAGAAUAAAGGGAUAGGAGAAGCUGAAAGUUCAUCUUCCCGCAGGAGCAAAGGGAAGCUGGAGCUUCAAGAAGGAAAGUCAGGAGUGUCAAAUAACAUUUCCUUGCCAGAAGAGAUGAAGACAGAGGGAAAAGCUAUUGAAUAUAGCAGCUGGAUGCAUGGAGGAAUCGUUUCUCUAGACAGAACUUCAAUACAUUGCAUGGGGUUUGAGGUCAGGAUUUUGGUGCCUGAAACCUACCAGUUCCUGCUUUGCAAUUCUGCCAAGGAGGUUGUAAUCAUAAGGAAGAUGAGCCAAUGGAAAAGAGAGUAUACCACUCAUGGAACAGCUUUAGAGGAGCAGCCCCGACCGCAGGAUUUCUCAGGUAAGCCGAGAUUGAAUGACAUGUUCCUAUCAUCCCCUGCCAUUCACAGAGAAAGCCUGGCUCUAGAAGGCCCCAAGUCUAAUUUCCCACCUCGUUUGGAAGAGAGGAUGAGAGGCCUGCCCUCUAAUAGGGCAAAAGUGACUGACUGCAGAUCGUUUCUGACCUGUUAAUACAGCAACUUUGUUCAUUUGUUAAACUACAGCUCACUGGGCUACUGGGCUCACUUCAAUCUGGUUAGCAACUCCUCUUCCCUCAGGAGGGGUGACUAGGAAGGAGGCAGGUGGGGAAGAGCAGGACUUCCUAAACACUAUGCAGUGCCAAAGUGUGUGGGUCAUGUUUUGGCUUUAUAGCAAUUUCUAUGCUAUACUACCAUUAAACUGAAGAUAAAUUUCAAUUGUCAUCAUGCUUUUAAAAGAAAAUAUUGCAAGGUGUCAGGCAUGUCAGGGAAUGUCUUAGGCCUUCCAGAUCUGCUCAGCAGCCCGCUGAAUACCACUGAGCGACCUCAUUCGAUACCAUGUAGAGCAAAAAUCACCUAGCUAAGCCCUGACCCACUGAAU